GUUUAACUAUCGACUUAUCAACCUUUGUCCAUCUCUUGCUUUUGGGAUAAUAUAUCUGGGUUGCAGUUGUGGAUACAUUGAUUUGGAGAGGUUAUCAGUGCCCAUUUCUUUGAAUUAACAGUGAAUUUCUGUGACAAGUUAGCAUAUAAUUUGAGGGUCUUAAAGGAAUUGGUCUGAUAAUAACUGAUGAGACACCAUGGAUAGUGAACUCAUGUUUGUAACUAAGAAGCAUUUAACAAAUUCAGAGGGGACAAAUGAUGCAGCUAUUAUUAUUCCUCGACACAAGAUUUUGAUGACUUCUCCUUCAUCAUCCUCAGAAUCUUCGAUAGAUUCUAUCUAUGUUGAAAAGGAUGAUCCUUCUGAUCCCCUUCUGCAAUCAAAACAAGCAAAUCUUGAUCCGAAAGGAGUUGUAGUUGCUCCAGAAGUUUCAGGUCACAAUCCUAGCAUGAGUAUACACGAAUCUUCAUCUGCAAUAUACGAAAAUCAAAUUCCGAUGCAAUCCGGAGGCUAUGAUCCUAAUAGGAUUCCCUCAUCCGUUUUUGCUAGUAAGCCUGCAACGCCAAUGGAAUGGAGUGUUGCUUCAAAUGAAUCGUUGUUUAGUAUUCACAUGGGAAAUAACAGCUUCUCAAGAGAUCAUGUUUUCGUGCUACACAAAUCUGGAGAAAUUCCCAAGGUCGAGGAUACCAACAACCCCCCACCUAGCCUGCCUCCCACCAUCGUGGUGCAGACCCUCGAAAAGAAGAUUGAGGAUAUGAGUGAGGACUCAAAAGUGACAGAAGAAAAACCUGUUAAAGCAGUAGAACCUGAAUUGCCAACCGAUAACACAAAGGCAGUUCCAGAGGAAACUGAGAAAAAAAUCAGUCAGGAAAAGGCCUCUUCUACUGAGGACCUCAGGAACUCAUCCAGCAGCACCCAGUCUUUUCAAUUCCCAGUAUUCGAAGCACAUGCGAAAGGAAGUGACUCUGUGAAAGUGGUGAAGGAGAAGCAGCCUUCAAAGAAACAGACAAAACAAGAGCCACAUCCACAAACGCCUGGAACACCACCAAAGCCUCAUGGUAGCAGUUGGUUUUCUUGCUUUUCUUGUUGCUCACGUGGCUGUUGAGAGAGCAUUAAUUCUGGAAGAUUACUUGAACAUUUCAAUUGAUCACUGUACAUAUACAUGAUCCAUCAUUUUGUUGAAAUGCUUGCCUUUUUUCUGGGUUGAAUCAGAAUAUGUCAAUGGACAAUGGUUCUUUUCUAAUUGUAGAAAUCGAAACUUUAAAGAUA